ACUGCAGUCGUGACGAAGACGUCCAGAUUCAAACAGCCGAGUCCCAUUCCGCAAACGCAGCAAACAGGGCAAACACCUUCCUCAUCGCAAGCAGACACCUUUCCAACCUGGCCUCGACCGCACGCUUGGUAAGCGUCGUUUGCGGAGCACACGCGGAACGCACCGUUACCAAGCUCAAGCUUCGCCGAAAUCGCGGCGCGCUUCGCACAUUGAGUGUGUGCGACGCGACACCCAUCAGAACAUGUCCGACCAGAACCACGCGCCGACGUCGCGGUCCAAGCCGCCGCCGCCGGGCGAGGAGGAGGCGGGCGCGGUGCUCAAACUGGGCGAGUUCGAGGACGUCGACACUCUGACGCUGUCCGAGGCGUCGCUCGUCAUCAACGCGCUCAUGGCCAAGCGCCGCAAGGACCGCAAGGACCGCAACGAGACUGACGUGCUCAACAAGACGCUUGCCUACCUCGACUCGUUCUCGCGCUUCAAGCAAAAGGAAAACGUCGAGGCUGUCGAGCGGCUGCUGAGCGCACACAAGGAGCUGACCAAGUUUGAGAGGGCGCAUAUCGGUUCUCUCUGCUGCGACAGCGCCGACGAGUGCAAGACGUUGAUACCUUCCAUAGCCGACAAGAUUAGCGACGAGGACCUCCAGGAGUUGCUCGACGAGAUGGGCAAGCUCAUAAGCACUUGAUCUGGCCAGUGGCGGAUUCGUGCUAUGUGUGCUGGGUGGAUGUCAGGGGAUGCGGGCUUCUUUGACAACGCCGGGCAAGAGGCUGAGCCCUGGCUGGAACCAUAGAGUAUAGGCCCUGGGGCCAUAGACAGGGCCUGGAGACGAGAAGAGUCAUACGCAUAUCGCCACAUAUCUAUGGACUGUGGUUAGGGUGGUAUAGAAAAAGGCUGCAUGGCAUGGCGC